UCUGCUCUCUUCAGCGCGAGGCAAAGGUCACCCCGGUGAGAGCUGCUCGGAUUAACGGGAGCUCGCAGCAGACAGACGUGGAAUAACGGUCACCUGUGGACAUGUAUCAAGGUGUGACGAUGACCACCAACCACGGACCCGCGUCUUACGAGCCCGGUUUCCUCCAUAACGCCGCCUCUGCGGUUACUUCACCGGUGUAUGUUCCCACCACUCGGGUAACCCCGAUGAUUCCGGCCCUGCCGUACCUUCAGACGUCCCAGCAGGGCAGCCCCGUGUCGGGUCACUCGGCCUGGACGCAGCCAAGCGCGGACACGGUGGCCUCGUACAACUCCACCGGAGCGCACCAUCAUUCCACGGUGUCCAGGUUCUCCUUCUCCACGAGUCCUCCGUUAACCUCCGGGGUCGCUGCGGUACGGGAGACGGCGGCCUACACGAGCCCGUUGAACAUCACCGCUAACGGGCGGGAGCACUACGGGUCCCGGGGUCUGUGUGGCUCGUAUCAUAGCGGGUACCCGGCCUACGUGAGCCCGAACAUCGGAGGUUCUUGGACGGCGUCGCACUUGGACAGCUCCGUGCUCCACAGCCUCCAGACCGACGGAGCGGGCAAUCCCACGAGACACCCGAAUUUUGAGUUAUUCGAUGACUUCGCAGAGGGCCGUGAGUGUGUGAACUGUGGGGCGAUGUCCACUCCUCUCUGGCGGCGAGAUGGAACGGGUCACUAUCUGUGUAACGCCUGCGGACUCUACCACAAAAUGAACGGAAUAAACCGGCCAAUCAUUAAAUCUCAAAGACGAUUGUUUGCGAACAGACGGGUGGGUUUGUCCUGCAUGAACUGUCACACGACAACAACGACACUGUGGAGACGCAAUGCCGAGGGUGAGCCGGUGUGCAACCCCUGCGGUCUCUAUAUGAAGCUCCAUGGGAUUGCUCGCCCUCUUGCCAUGAAGAAGGAGGGAAUUCAGACGCGCAAACGCAAACCCAAAAAUAUCAGCAAGUCCACACCCGGGAUCACCGGUUCUGAUGGUCAGAUCCCGCCCAGUGUUGUGAACUCCAGUACAACAGAAGAACCUCGACACAUAAAGACAGAACCGGACACAGUGUCACUCUACACACACCAUCAUAUGCACACACAGGUCUCUUCGAUUCCUACAUUCAUGUGAACUCAAAGCGGAAGUUCUGCACUCAAACUGUCACCGAGUGGAUCUUCCACCUCAAAGAGUGAAGCGUGGAGCAGUCUGAUACUCGCUUAACAACCAACAUGCUCCUGUUUAAUCCUGUCUAACACUCCCUGACCCAGAGUCCGGUCUGGAGAAGUUCAUCUGAGACCACAAGAGCAAAGAAGACCAUCAUCUGGUGAUAUACGGACAGCAGAACUCACAGCACUGUGUUGAUUCAGACAUGAUUGUGAAAUCACUGGUGGUGUAGUGGCUAAAGCACAUAACUGGUAAUCAGAAGGUUGCUGGUUUGAUCCCCACAGUCACCACCAUUGUGUCCAACAAAUAAACAAUAUAUGCUUCCUGUCCAGAAAGCCACGCCCAUAAAACACUUUCACUCUAAAGUCUGCUACUCACAGAUGACCUCCUUCUUAUAUUUAUUCUUAUAUAUAAAAAUAAUUAAAACAGGGUCAUUUUAAAGUAUUAAAUGUUGUCGUAUGUAUGUAACUGUUGUUGUGAACGGUUUGUCAAACUUUAUUUCUUUCUCAGAGAGCAAGAUUGAUUUUCCACAAGUGCUCAAUCAAACUACAUUAAUUAAUAAACAUAAA